AUGAUGGUACCUUUUGAUGCGCCCUUUGUACAGAAGAAUCUCGAGGUUGGUGAAGUACUUUCUGUUGACAUGUCAAGCAUUGUCGCCUUGUCAGCAACGAUCAAUGUACAAGUCAAGUAUAAUGCUCCGAUGAGAAGGGUGGUCUUUGGGGUAAGUUGCUUCUGUUUUCUUAUCCCGUUAGGAUUUCUGGUUCUUUUUCCUAUUAAUUUGCUUUUCUUUCCAUCUUUCCAUGCCUUUUUUUCUGGUGACAAUCUAAUGACAGCUGUUUUGACAGGACCGGGAAUUGUCUUUAUUCAAAGUAUGGCUUUCCAUCGCCUAUCUCAGCGCAUUGCUAGGGCAGUUGCAUCUCCAAACAUGAGGGAUAAUCCAAAGUUCCUCAUUCAAGUUGCAAUUUUCUUGUUUCUAGUUUAUGUUGUAGUUGUCUCAUCAUUUAUCUUGACAGAUAUAUAA